AAUAAUAUUUUUGAAUUUUGAUAAUCUUGAGUUUUUUAAGAGAAUGAAAUGCUGUGUAUACAAAUAAUUUUUAUAUUGCUUUUAUACAUCAUUAGCAAAAUUAAUAUAUGAGUUGAAUAAAAUUGAUCAGAUGGAUAUGGAUAUUUUUCGAUUUUGUAAUCAUAACCUGAUAUAUUUACAAUCUAAAUUGUGAGCUUACAGAAUAAAACUAAAAUUUAUUAACAUGUUAUGGGUAUAACCUUUUGGGUAUUAUGAUGUACUCGUAUGAGACAUUUUAGACAUAAUUAUGAGUAAAUUAACACUUAGAGAUAAGUCAGAGAUUGAGGAAUUUUCUGAGUUAGGCACUUCAGAUUCUGAGUGGCAACCAUCUGAUUCCAGUAGUGAUACAGAAUUUUCUGUUUGUUCCUCAUAUACAAAAUCAACAGAGUCCAGUUUGAAUUUAAAAUUGCCAAUGCCAAUAAAUGAAUCUGAAAAAGACGUAGAUCAAGUAUUUUCCUCUUUUGAAUUAUCAAAUAAGUCACUUAUAUCUGAUUCAGAAACUCUUGUAUCCACAAGUUCUUUUGAAGUAUCGCCACAUAAAAAUGCUUCAAGCGAUUUAGAAAUUAACUGCAGUAGUUUUAAUUCUUUUUUGAUGGAAGACUCUCCUAGCAAUACACUCCUUUCAUUAGAAUCUAAUAAGCACCAUGUAAAAUCUAAAAUUCUUAAGUCUAAUGUUGUAGAACAAUUCAGAAAUCUUAAUACGAAUACAUUAAGUAAUCUAAAAAUAAAUGAAAAAAAAACAAGUUUUAUCUUCUACGGAGAAAAUUAUUUCAAAUGCAGAAGAACCAAUCAAUAAAAAAUCAUAUAGUUUCUUCAGUCAAUUUCAAAAUGAUUCUAUGGAAAAUUCAAUUAAUUCAAUAAAUAGUGAUAUGGAUGGUAGCAUCUUGCCUAUUUUAAAAACUGCUAAAAACAAAGAUCACCAAAGAUAAUUAAGUUUGAAUGCUAAAAUAUUAAAAAAUGAAGUAAGGCAAAACCAGAAAAAUAAAUUUGCACCAAAAAAACAAAUAUUAUCAAAAGCUGCAGGUUCAGUUGAAAAAAAAUCUAUAAAAUUAAUAACACAUAAAAAACCAGUGAUUAAAUUAAUAGAUUUGUCAGUUAAUUUGAAACGUGUGGAUGAAGCAUUGAUAAAUAAAAAAUCAUGUAUUUCUAAAACAACAUUGAAUGUAACUGAAAGUGAUAUUAGAAUAUUGCCUGAUAAAGUUGAUGGUAAUUUUCAAAAUAAUGCCAUAGAAGAUUUCAUUGGUGGUGAUAUAGAUGAUAGUAUCCAGCCUAAUUUAAUAACUACUAGAGAGAAUGAUCUUAAAACAUGUACAAGUUCAGAUAUUCGAUCAAAAAAUAAAGUAAGUAAAAAUCAGAAAAAUAAAUGUGUACCAGAAAAACUAAAAGUCAAAAGUUCUACACUAAAUAAAGAGCCAGUAGUUGAAUUCAAUGCCUCAGCUAAUAGCAGUUUAGAUUUGUCAGUAAAUUUGAAAGGUGUGGGAGAAGUAUUAAAAAAUAAAAAACAUUUAUUAGUAUCAACAAGCUCGGAUGGUAUUAAAAGAAAUUGUUGUUUAUACUGUGUUUUAAAAUGCAUUUCAACUAAAGAACUCCAAAUAAAAGUUUUGUACGCAAAUCUUGUAGAUCACUAUGAAGUUGCUCAUUCAAAUGAAAAAUUAGUUAAACUAUUGGUUAAAAUUAAAAAAGCACUAUUCAUUAAGUGUAAACCAAGAUUAGAAAAACAGAGGGAAAGGAUAAAGAUUCUUGAUUAUUUACGAAAUAAAGCUAAUUAUCUCAAUAAUUUAUGUGCAAAUAAAGUAUCUGAGUAUGUAGUUUGCAGAAGACCAUCAAAGCUAGGUAAUACUGUUGUCCAUUAUGGGACAUGUUUUCACUGUUACAAACAAUUCUCCUUAUAUUCAAUACACAAGCAUGUGAAGCAAUGCACAGAAAUCUCAUUUGUUAAAAAACAUAUUAUAAAAUCAAAUUGAAGAGCUGUUAUGGGCGAUUACCAUGAAUCUGCUUCGGAGAACGCAAUUAAAAUUAUCUCUCAUGUAAGAGAAAGUGAUGAAUUGGACCAAAUUAGAUACGAUAAAGUUUUAUUUUUAUGGCUCAAUGCUGAAGCAUCUCGAUGUGCAAAAACACCACAUAAUCAUGAUAGAAUUAUAACUGGAGUGAGGAGACUUGGUACACUUUUAAGAGAAAUGAAAAUAUAAAUGAGUUAGCAGAUAUCUUUCACAAGGACAAUUAUGAUAUGUUCAUUGUAGCUGUUAAAAUCAUGUGUAAAAUGGAUUCGGUUACCAAAGAAAUUAAAGCACCAUCAACAGGAACUGAUAUGUAUAAUUUAAUUAAAGCGGUAAUAAGUAUAUAUGAUGUUAUGCUUGGUGAAAGUAAUAAUGUCAAAACACAAGAAAUUCAAGCAUUCGAAAAAAAAAUGAUCAGACUAUGGCACAGUAGUAUUGGUAAUACAAUUGCUGAACAAAUAGCAGAAAGUCAA